UUUCGAAACUAUGAUUACACAAACAAAAUACAUAAGAUUCUUUUUUUUGUAUUAUUGCUACUGUGUGUGAAUCUGCCUUGGCCAGCUGUUAGAAAUAAUGACGUUUUCAAAAAGAUUAUCCACUUAUUGUAAUCAAUUAUGCCACUGGCAUCAAUAGUUUUAGAGCAAUUUAAUAAUGUUAAUUGCAAAUAUCUCUUGUGGAUUGUCUUUCAUAAUGUUACGACGGCAGCUGACAUUACUUGCAGGAAGAUGUACUAGGAUAAGUAGCCAACAAGGCGAUCAUAGCAAUGAUGACAACUUUCUACGAUCAGAAAUUUUGUUAUCAAGGGAAAACCAGCAACGGUCGAUGGAAUGUAUGAAGAAACCAUCCCCAAUUGGGAUGAAGUUGAGGCAAACCCUGAGUGAGAAAUCAUUCGCUGCUGUUCUUAUAUGUCUUUGCCUAAAUGAAAGGAAUGAAACUUCAAUACUGUACACCCGGCGCUCCGGUCGACUCACCCGCCACAUACGACAAAUAUCUUUUCCUGGCGGAAUAAAAGAUCCCGGCGAUGUUGACUUCAUAGAUUGUGCCCUGCGGGAAACUGAGGAAGAAAUUGGUUUGCCUCGCAAUAGGAUUAAUGUUUGGGGGUCUGGUACACUAAUAACACCUCCACAUACUGCUGCGAUUAUGCCUGUGGUGGCCACGGUUCAUAAUUUGAUAUUGAAAGAGCUCAAACUCAACGAAGACGAAGUGGAAGAGGUAUUCCUCAUACCUGUCAAGGACCUUAUACAUCCAAAAACAUUGAAACAUACUCAAUUUAAGAGCGGUUGGAGUACUCCAAAUUUUGUAGUUGGCCAUUAUAAAAUAUGGGGGAUAACAGGCUUUAUUACAAACACUUUUCUGCAGUGUCUAAUACCAAUCGACCUAAAGAGACUUAAACAUCACAUCAAAUACGUUCGACCCUUUAAACACAAACAUUAAAAAAAUGUACUCCUUUUAGAUAUUUUUAUAAACAAAAAAGUUAAAGAAUAGAGAACAUUUAUAUACAUAUGGAAGUAUUUUGAUAUACUGAUGAGUUUAAUAAACAAAUAUCUGGUUCGCGGAAGAAUUUUUCUCCGAUUUGAGACGACAGUCUUAAUGUAUUUUCCUACAAAUUGAGUGUUCUCCUAAUGACUAAUAAACAUUUAUCAGAAGGUGUAAUUUUUAUGUUCAAAAUUCACUUGGUGGUAACCACUUUCAAAUACGUACAUUAUUGUAUUUAAUUGUAAAUAAAAAGCUUUUUGUGGUAUCAAAUACAUAUACAACGUACGAAAUUUUAUUUGUUUUAUUUGAUGUAUGCAUAUAUUAUUUAUAUGUAUGUAUAUAUAUCGUAUAUACAAAAACAUUGUAUCCUAUUUUAAGAAUGUUCACAUAUUUAUAUGUUAAAUAUAAGGAAUUUAGAGAGAAAUAAAUUUCUUCCAUUGGCUUGUUUUCUUUUUCAAUAUAUUGUUUUAGAAAUACGCUUUAUAGAUACUAUUGCAGAUCAGAAUUUAAUACGUCUUUUAAGUUUGGAUUAUAAUGGCAUACUUGCUUAUUUGCAAUUUAAACUUUUUAAGCCCAGGUCGCUCUUUUUAUUUAUUGUUAAUACAGAUUUGAUAAAUACUUAUCGUAAACAUUAAAAAUAUUUAUACUGAAUGUUUUAAUUCAAAUGUUAGAAUUGGCAAAGAAAUAAAAAAAA